GGAGGGGGUUGAUUACCUUAGUGUUGGGCCGUUGACGCAUGAGAGGGCGGUUGAGAAGGCGAGGAUGCAUAUAUAUCGAUGGUAGGGAGACUUAUUCUGACUUGACUGAGAGAUGCCAUGAUGCAAGACUGAUGGAGAGAAACAGAUGCGAAGAUACUUGGUGGCCAAGUCUCAUUCUGGGUAGUGCUCCAGUGGAAGGAGCGAAAGGAUAUUUCAUCCAACCUACCAUCAUCACCAAUAAGAGCAAGGAGAUGUUAACCACCCGCGAAGAAACAUUUGCUCCUGUCGUCGGUCUGUAUAAAUUCGACACGGAAGAAGAAGCCAACAGCAUCGCUAAUGACUGUGAUGUCGGUCUUGGAGCGUUUGUCAUUACCGAGAAUAUCGCCAGAUCCUGGCGUGUAGCUGAAGCACUUGAGGUUGGAAUGGUGGGUAUCAAUCAGGGUAUGUUGAGUGCGGCUGAGAAUCCGUUGGUUGGUGUCAAGGAGAGUGGGUAUGGUCGUGAGGGAGGAGCCCAUGGGAUUCAGGAGUAUUUGAGCGUGAAGUCGAUGUUGAUUAAUGUUUCUGUUUAGCGAUGUUUAUGAUGACUGGAUUUGAGCUUAGCCUGUGAAAAUAAUCAAGGUCAGUGAUUGCGAGUUGAGCCUAGCUCUGGAUGGGACCAUGUUCGGGUCUUUGCUUGUACAUGAUUCUCGUUUGGGAACAUGAUAUCUUCAGAGACGCAUUCUUUAUUUAACAUGUUAAGGAUUUGGAGGAGAGAAAUUCUCGACUUUAUCCACAUUUCGAGCGGCAGAUGCACUGCACUGCUUUAUCUUAAAGACUUGGACAGUUUCGUCGAUGCUCGACCAGAAUUUUGCUCUAUCAGCAUUAGGCAAUGGCA